UGUUAUCAACUCACAUUCCUGUGUGUCUCCCCUGAUGGCGCCCAGUCAGGACAUGUUUUGUCCCACAUAUCCAUGUUUUGUCAGCAGACCGACUCUCUCUCAGUAUGAACAGAGUACAUCAUCGUGCCUGUUGGUGUGCUUUCUAAACAGCUUUACAAACAUGGAAAACUGUUUGGCUUCUCAACAUUAACACGACAAAGUCAUGUAAAAAAAAGGAGUAGCAGAGCAUAAGGUAUGCCUGGUAUCACCUGUCCCGUGUGUAAAAUCCACAUUUCUAAUAUUUAAUUUUCUAUUCCUCCUCCAUGUUGAGCUGGACAUCCGAUGGGAGGGACUUAAGUGUACAUCACCUACAGGGGGAAUAGAAAUUAACCCUCCUCUAAGAAAACAACUGGCUGGCUGGCCGGGAAACGAUGAAACAUCACUUUUAAUCUGAGUAUAUGUUUCAUGUCCUUGCCCCACAUGUGGAGUAGCUGUGUGUGCUGAGCCGUGGCUGUAUUUGAACGGAGAAACAGCUGCAACAACAGUGCGAUGGCCGCUCCAGAGGAUGUGAUUGAGCCAGUGGCUCAGUGCACAACAGUCCAAAACCUGGGCAGAAGGCGUUUCACGCAUGACCUCCAUAAUCUGAGUCCAGACGAGAUAGAUGGCCUCAUGUCCAGCAGUGAUGGCCGUCCAUUCCUUGUGGUGCAUCAUCUUCCGGAAAUAAAGGAGGAGGGUAUACCAUACCUAAUGCCUGGUGUACCUAUCACAUGCAGGGUGGACAACACAGAGAAAUACACCACCCGCUCUAAGGUCCGUGUAGGCACCCUGUACACGGUGUGGCUAACACACGGCCAGUUCCACUGGACGGUGAAGAGGAAGUACAAGCACUUCCAGGAGCUGCAUCGAGAUCUUUACAAGCACAAGAUGAUGCUUCAUUUGCUGCCUCUGGGAAGAUUUGCAAAGGACAGGCAGCAGCUGAGAGCCAUGUCAGAGGAAAUGCCCAGCCUACAUGGGAAUGACCGGACCAGAAGGACCUCCAGCAAAAUGAAAUACCUUGAGGAGUACUUGAAUGGUCUGCUGGAGAACGCUUUCUGUAGGAAUGACCACAGCAUGUUGGAGUUCCUCUCUGUCGGUGCUCUCUCCUUCAUCACUGAUCUCGGACCCAAAGGCUUGGAGGGGCCCAUCUUCAAGAGGUCGGGGGGUCACCGGAUCCAAGGCCUGAACUGCAUUGGCCAUCAUCAGUUCUGUUUCCGCUGGUCACGCCGCUGGCUGGUGGUGAAAGACUCCUUCCUGAUGUAUAUGAACCGAGACCAUGGCAACAUCAAUUUUGUAUUGCUGUUUGACCCAGAAUUCAAAGUGAAAGUAGGCCGUGCUUAUACAGACACCAGAUACGGAGUCUGCUUUGAGAACUUCACUCGGAGUCUGGUCAUCAAAUGCAGCAGCUAUAGACAAGCGCAUUGGUGGAGUCAUGAAAUCAACCGGCUGGCGGAAACCUCUGACUUUCUCAAAGUGCAACGCUUUGAGGGGUUCGCUCAGCCGCGGGAGAACACACUCACUAAAUGGUAUGUGAAUGGAAGAGACUACUUUGAAGACCUGGCUGAUGCUCUUGAACAAGCCAAGGAGGAAAUCUUCAUCACAGACUGGUGGCUCAGCCCUGAAGUGUUCCUGAAGAGACCAGCGACUGAAAAUUACUGGCGCCUGGAUGAGAUACUCAAACGCAAAGCAGAACAAGGAGUCAAAGUGUGUGUUCUGUUGUACAAAGAGGUGGAGCUCGCACUUGGCAUCAAUAGCGAGCACAGCAAGAAGACUCUUAUGAAUAUGCACCCAAACAUCAAGGUGAUGAGACAUCCUGACCAUGUGUCGGCUGUGGUGUUCCUUUGGGCUCACCAUGAAAAGAUGGUGGCUAUUGACCAAACAGUAGCCUUUGUGGGAGGCAUUGACCUUGCGUUCGGGAGGUGGGAUGACAGCCAGUACAGGCUAACUGACCUUGGUUUGACAGAGGUGGCCAACAGUGAAGCAGAGGAGGAGCCAAAGGGAGAUACAGGAGACAAUGGUGUGGCUGAUGGUCCAAAGCCAUCUGAACCAGAUAAGCAAACAGAGCAGGACCCUGAGAAUCUGAUUGGCAACACUAAACUAUGGCUUGGCAAAGACUACAGCAACUUCAUCAGGAAAGACUGGGUCCAACUUGACAGACCCUUUGAAGAUAACAUCGACCGUACUCAAGUUCCUCGCAUGCCGUGGCGCGAUCUGUCUGCAGCUAUUCAUGGCAAAGCUGCCAGGGAUGUAGCCCGCCACUUCAUCCAGCGCUGGAACUUUACCAAGAUCUUCAAAAACAAGUACAAGGAUGAUUUCUACCCCUACCUUCUCCCCAAGUCUCACUGCACUGCUGACUCACUCUCAUUCAAUGUGCCGGGGUCCAAUAGAGCCAAAGUGCAGGUGUUACGCUCUGCUGAUCGCUGGUCAACUGGAACCUGUGAGAGCUCGAUCCUCAACGCCUACAUCCACACCAUUGAGAACAGCGAGCAUUACAUCUACAUCGAGAACCAGUUCUUCAUCAGCUGUGCCGAUGGGAAGACGGUCCAUAAUGGGAUCGGUGAUGCUAUUGUGAACAGAAUCCUGCGUGCACACAGGGAGCAGAAGAAGUACAGAGUGUUUGUGGUGAUUCCUCUACUUCCUGGAUUUGAGGGAGACAUCAGUGCAGGAGGUGGAAAUGCCAUUCAAGCUAUUCUGCACUUUACUUACAGGACUAUAUGCCGAGGGGAGCAGUCCAUCCUGUCAAGACUUGCUGAAGUUGAGGACCAGUGGACGGAGUACAUCACAAUCUGCGGCCUGAGAACACAUUCCCAGCUCUCCAAGUCACUUGUCACAGAGCUCAUCUAUGUUCACAGCAAGACCCUCAUUGCUGAUGACCGCUGCUAUAUAAUUGGAUCAGCCAACAUCAAUGACCGCAGCAUGCUGGGAAGCAGGGACAGUGAGUUGGCAGUGUUUGUGGAAGAUGAAGAGAGGGUCCCGUCCAUCAUGGGAGGGGAGGAGUACCAGGCAGGACCCCUCACACUCGCUCUGCGCAAAGAGUGUUUCAGUGUUCUUGUUGGAGCUACUUCAGACACUAGUAUCAGCAUUGACGACCCAGUCAGUGAUGAGUUCUUCUUCUUGGUCUGGAAUUCAGCUGCCCAACUGAAUGCCACCAUCUAUGACAAGGUCUUCCGAUGCCUGCCCUGCAACGAAGUCCACAACAGCUGUGAGCUGAAGGAGUAUUCCAAGAAGGAGCGCCUCUAUGACUCAGACCCUGAGCAGGCCAUAGAAGAGCUGAAGGCCAUUCGGGGGCUGCUGGUCCACUUCCCCCUGAAGUUCUUGUGUGAGGAGAACCUGCUGCCUCCACUGGGCACUAAAGAGGGCAUGGCUCCUGUAGGGCUGUGGACAUAAACGCAGCUCAGCCCAGAUCAGACCACUACACUACUACUAACAGCUAAAGCUGUACCACAUGCUCCUCCAUGUGGUUUUAACCCAGCUAAUGUUCAGCACAGUAGACUAAAAUAGCCACAGGACUGGCGGUUCAAUAGCGAGGGAAAGACAUCACCUUAGCACAAAUUAUUUGUUAACCACUAAUGCUUUUUAUAUUGUCUAUUUGACUGACGAUGGGCAGGCCUGAACAUAACCACUGAAAAGCAGAUUCUAUGAUAAUUGAUAACCUGUAAGAGCAGUAGAUUAACCUUUUACGGGCCAGUUUGUUCAUGAUGGCAGCAGCUGCUUCAUAACUUCUACAAUGCAAUCAGAACCGCAGGGCUGGCGGUGGUACAAAACACACAUAAAUUAAUGUAUGAGUCAGGAGAGGAUUGCAAGGUUGUAUUGGAAAUCAAGCAUCUCACAUGAUCUGGGAACAUAGUGUACAUUUAUUGGUGCAAGGUUUUUGGGUGGGUGGGUGGCUCUGUUUCUGUCUCUCUCUCUCUCUCUACCUCUCACUCUCUCCCUCUGAGGCUUCACCUCUCACUGCAGUGCCAGCAAAUCUGUCAGAACAUUUGUGGUUGUUAUGGUGACGGAUAUAAAGAGAUGACUGGAUCGUAGCUGAAAUAAAGACUGGAUAGGGCAGAAAAGGGGAGAGUACUGAUAAGAGGGAUAACUUACUAAAUUUGGAUGGUGGACCAGAAAAUAGAAGGUAAUAUGUCGAAUGGAGACUGUCAAUUUCUGUGGAAGCAAAGUCAUUUUAAUAUUUUUAGAUAAACAAUCAGGUGGGAAAACUGAGAGAAAAGGAGAAGGAGGACAAGAUAAUUAAAGGGUGCUAGGUUGAUUUACUGUUAAUUGUUGCGUUUUUUUUUUUUAAGUCACCAUGACAACCAAGUGAAUUAUUAUUUCACCAUGUUGUCAGUAGUCCAGAACAGAACAUUCCACCAUCCACUUGACUCAGAGAAAACUGUGAUGCAGAGACACAGAUUGUUUGAACAAUGCGGUUUUCAGUUAUUUUCAUGUGGGCUCCACCAUUCUGUGUCCACGUGCCAUUCAUGUCUUGCGUGUCUACCCUAUGAUCAUUUGCAUGCACAACGCAUUUGUGUUGGUGCAUUAAUUUUAACACUGUAACUGAGUGCAAUUCCCAUGUCUGGAGCAUCAUGAAGUACUAUUUUUAAUCUUAAACUGCAAAGAUUUUUAGGUUUUGUUUGAUAUACAAUCAUGUCAGUUAUUCUCUUAAAACCUGUUCAUUCCCUUUAGUGACUACUGUUGAGUAAUCUGGAAAAGUCUCGCAUACUUCGUUUGAAAUAUUGCAUUGACAGAUUUGGAGAGAUGAUGUAAUAAUUCAACAGAAUGUAGAUGUUGCCUUCUGAAUGUAGACAAACAGGGCUCGAGUUGUUUUUACGCAAUAACAAAAUGAUAAGCAUGCUUCCAUAGCUGCAGGACAUAAGUGACAGGAAAGGAGUUUGACUAAGUUAAGGGGGGGGGGGGAGAUGAUAUUUCUACGCAUCAUUGGACUGAAAUAACUUGAUUUUGAACACUUGGGUAAAGCAAUGUUGCUGAGAGAAUUUUUACAUGUUUGAAGGUUCCUCCCAUGAUACACAGUCUGGCCAAGUUUUUUCAGUGCUUCUGUAAAUCUAUAUCAUAUCAAGGUUUAUGGAGCUUUGGACUUUAUCUUUUAUAUUCCUCACCCAUGUAUUUUAAGGAGACCUGUAUGUUAACGGAUGUCACUGAUUGAUUGAUUGAUGCAAGUCAAAAAAGUGGACACUUGUUGAGCCUAUAACAGAGCCACUGAUACUGUACAGACUGCUACAUGAGCAUUCGAGACACAAGUCAACACUACCUGCUGUAGGUGGCUUCAGUGCAACCUUGUCUGUGAAUGUGACAGAUGACAAGUGUCCCACGUGAACGCCGCCUCGCACUACACGAGGCACCUUUUGCAGAAGAGCCAGUUAAUCCAUCUGUUUUUAGAAAUGAUCCAUUGCUGGCUUCAGAACUAUUCCCACUUUCCUUCGGAAAAUAUUAAAAUGCCACUGCAAGCCCUUGCACACUACUAGAAGCUGGAUAUUCACUAGUCUCUCUAUACAGCACAGAAUGGUUGCCUUGAGUGGUAUUCUUUGUUUCAAGAUUCCUGAAAAUGUUAUAAUAAUAUACUGAGAAGUGACCUUAGAUUGUUUCUAUCAUGAAUUUUAUUUUUAUUGUUUUUAUUGGACUAAUAGCCAGCAUUACCAAUACAUUUUUAUGAAUACAUGACUCAUAGAAACUAAUAAAACUAUUAUCCCUACCAGUCACUAUGUGGAGACAUUUGUUAAUGCAAAUCUGUAGUCCGAGGUUAUUAUUUUACCUUAGAGUUUCUGAUGUAUAGGUUACUAACACUCAGGGGCAGAGACAAUACAUUGUUACUCAAAAGUACAGUUUACAACUUGUACUUUAAAAUGUGUAACUAUUCUUGUUUCCUCAAUAAACUUGUUUUUUCUACAGA